AUGCCGAGCGAGCGGACCCUCCUCCUGGUGCUCCUGGUGCUGUUUGUGGAGCUGCCGCCCACCCCAGCCCAACAGCACCGCACUGGGGACCAGGGUACUGUCCCCACGGUCACCCCAGCACCACGCCGGGCCCUGCGGGGACGCUGGCACCCUGCUGCCCUGCCUGUCCCCCGCAAAGCAGGCGAAUGCCGGGUGGUGGGGAGCAAGCCCCCGCGCCCCCCCAGGCUGUACUGCCUCUCUGAUCACAGCUGUCCCGGCGCAGAGAAGUGCUGCCAGAGCGGGCAGGUCAGGACCUGCCUCCUCCCCACCACAGAGAGCCCAGGCUACUGCCCCCGUGCCGGCAGCACCGGUGGGGAGAGCUGCAGGAUGAGCUGCCGCAACGAUACCACAUGCAGCCCCGGGGAGAAGUGCUGCACUCGCGGCUGCUGCGCCCGCUGCAUGCGUGCCGAGCCAGCACGGCCCGGGCUCUGUCCCCCCACGACCGAUGGUGACCGGGUGGCCGAGUGCCUCCUCCUGUGCCUGCAGGACAAGGAUUGCCCCCCAAGUCAGAAGUGCUGCCUGCGGGACUGCGGCCGGGCAUGCGUCCCCCCGCUGCGGGACAAGCCCGGCGAGUGCCCAAAGGUGAGGCCGCGGCAGACGCCGGAGCCGUGUGUGGAGGAGGACUCCUGCACCCACGACAGGGACUGUCCCCGGCAGGAGAAGUGCUGCUUCUCCGGCUGCGCCAUGCGCUGCGCCCGCCCUGCCCGAGAGCACCCCGGGGAGUGCCCCCGGACAAAGCCGUGCUGGGACCCGCGGCGCAGGCGCGAGAGCCAGUGCCUGGAUGACAGUGUCUGCCAGCGAGAGGAGAAUAUCUCAGCCACCCAGGUGAUCACCGUAACGACCGACAUAGUCUUCCAGAGCAGCCCCUGCUGUCCCUGCACCGGCAGUAAUGCCAUGGGCAAGCUGGGGGGGACACUGCAGUGGAUGCAGGAGCUGGUCCCAGGGGUGCUGGUGUUUGGCGCAUCAUGGGCGGGGCAGGCACCCAGCGGGGACAGGGACAGAGACAACACUGUGCCACCAGGAUGGUGCUCCUGCCCAGACAAGGGUGCGCAGCAGGAGAGGCGCUGGGGGAGCAGGAUGGAUCCCCCCGACUGUGGCAUGUGCCGGCUGGUCCCACACGGAGCCUGA